AUGUUCUUAUCAGUCUGCUUACGCACUAUUCUGGCAGCAGCUCUGGCAGUUGUUGACCCAUUGAUUGUCAACUGUCAAGCUCUUGACAAGCCUGCUCUCACUCCUAACCUCGACUACUUGGAACAGGGAAGCCUUUGCAGUCUCUCUCCAACGCAAAGCACAUGGACCAAAUUGGGAGCGGGCUCGACUCCCGAAGAUUGCAAGACUAUUGCUAACAAUCAUAAAAAGAAUCCUGGUGAUCUUGAGAUCUACAGCGUCCACUAUACCGAUAGCGAUGAUGCAUGGGUAUUUUGUCGUUAUGAGGAUACACCAUUUGGUUUAGCAUCAACAGUCGACAUCUUUGGACUCCCUGUCGCUAUGCGUAGCGGUGAGAAUAUGGAUGUCGUGAUUCACGAAACCGGACACAGUCUCGAUAUUCUUGGUGCUUAUGGAGAACGACUGUCUGGUACGAAACUCUUCAUAAUAGUCAUGGAUGCAGAUCCCAAUGUCCCCGACAAUUACGCGAGGACGAAUCAAGCUGAGAACGUCGCACAGAACACUGUUGUUGGUGUCUACGACAAGGUGGUCGCCGGUGGCUUCCCUUCUGCCCAACCUAACUGGCAUAAUAUCUUUCAUCGGUACUCAACAUUGCAAAGGAGAGCCGGAAAUCAGAUUCUUCCUGGAGGACAAUGCAAUCGCCAUCUUACCAUCUCCACAAGCAAAGCUGCUGCUACAGCUAAUGGGGCGAAGAGGCCGGAUACCUCCUUCAGAGGGAAUUAUACCAACAUCAUGACAGAUUACCCUGAAUUUAGUACCAAGGAAAGCUGUGCCUUUUAG